AUGAAGUCUUUUAUUGCUACGUUUAUAACUGCGUUAUUGGUGUUAGUUCAAUUCACCAACGGUUUACAUUUCUAUUUGAAAACUGGUGAAACUAGAUGCUUCUUUGAAGAAUUAAGUCAGGACACAUUAGUCGUUGGUAAAAUAGAUGCCACCGAAUUGACCAACAACGGAGAUUAUGUUAAGAACCACAAUUUACAAUUGCAGAUUACUGUUGAAGUAAGUACUGAAACCUUUGACAAUGACCACAAGGUUGUAGACCAAAAGUCUAAUCCAAACGGUAAAUUUACGUUCACAUCUUUGGAUUCUGGUGAGCAUAAAUUCUGCUUAACCCCAAAGUACUCGGAUGGUUCUAGCAAUAAGGCACACCGUAUUUUCUUUGAUGUUGCUACCGGUUCUUCCCAUGACUACAUUGACUCCAAGUCUACCCACAGAGUUGAUGCCUUAACUUUGAAGGUCCAAAAUUUAAACAAGAAGUUGGAAGAAAUCCACUGGGAACAAGAACACAUGAGGAAAAGAGAAGCUAUAUUCAGAGACCAAUCCGAAACCACUAACUCGAGAGUUGUUAGAUGGUCUAUCAUUCAAUUGUUAGUCUUGAUUGGAACAUGUGUCUACCAAUUACGUCACUUGAAGGGUUUCUUCGUUAAACAAAAGAUUGUCUAA